AUGGAGAGGGUUCUUAGAUACGUUUCUAGUUGGGUUGUGAUUCCAUUCUUUAAUAACCAUAUUAUUAAAAAUAAAUUCAUUCAAUUACAUGAUUACAAAAGCUUCUUCAUCAUUAUUGGGAAUAUAAACUGUCAAAGCUCAAAUUGUUUUGCGGCACCACAAAAAUGGUUAAUAUUUAAAUCCAAUAAUUCUCAAUUCGAGAAUGAAACUUUGGAAAUGUUAAUUGAUAGCAACGUAAUAUUUAUACAAAUUAAUGACGACCAUAAUUGGGAAUUAAAACAACCUUACAAAAUUUCAAAAAAUACAAGCUUGAUAGAAGAAAACUACGGGGAAUGGAAUAUAGAAAACGGUAUAGUUGAUAAACGUUUAGAGUUUGGUAUAGCUCGCCGACGUAAAAAUUUACAAGGACUUAUGAUGAGAGUACCUUUGGUUGUUACAAAUAAUGAUUCAAUGACACAUUUAAAUCGUUUUAAAUAUCGGCAUAUUGAUACAAUUAUGAAAGUAAAUUACUUUUUUGUGAAUUACUUACUGGAUUCGAUAAAUGCAACGCGUGAAUUCUAUUACGUGUCUUCAUGGGGUUAUCAAGAAAAUAAAACGGGACCUUACACAGGCAUGAUUGGUGAACUUGAAAAGAAUGUAGCUGAUAUUGGAGGAACGGCAUUAUUUUUUACUAUGGAUCGUUUGAAGGUAAUCGAUUAUAUAGCUCCAACAACUCCAACAAGAGCUAAAUUUGUAUUUCGACAGCCUCCACUUUCAUAUACAUCAAAUGUUUACACUUUACCAUUUACAAAAUUAGUAUGGGUAACAGAGGCAUGUUUAGUAAUUUUCAUAACUGGAAUUUUAUAUAUUAUGUUAAAAUGGGAAAAAAAGAAAAUUAUUGGAUCAAAAGCAGAUCUUGAUGACACCAAUUUACACUUAGAAGCUAGAUCCAGUGAUGUUAUAAUUUUAACAAUGGGUGCUAUUUGUCAACAAGGUUCGACGGUAGUUCCAAGAGGUGGUCCAGGACGAAUUACGAUGAUAAUAUUAUUCAUUACCUUAAUGUUUUUAUAUACAUCUUAUUCAGCGAACAUUGUUGCCUUAUUACAAUCGUCGAGCAACGAAAUUAGAACCUUAUCAGAUUUACUUAAUUCGAAACUGAAAUUAGGGGCACAAGAUGUUAUAUACAAUCAUUAUUACUUUAAGACAGCUACAGAACCAGUUCGCAAAGCAAUAUAUGAGAAAAAAAUUGCACCACCAGGUGAAAAAGAACAUUUUCUAGAAAUGGAGGAGGGUGUAAAACGUAUACGACAAGGUCUUUUUGCAUUUCAUGCUGAAUUGGGUCCACUAUAUAAAGUGAUUGGUGAAGCAUUUAUGGAAAAUGAAAAAUGUGGUUUAAUGGAAAUUGAAUUUUUACAAGUAAUUGAUCCAUGGCUAUCCGUUCGAAAAAAUACACCUUAUUUGGAAAUAUUUAAAAUUGAGUUAAAAAAACUUCAUGAACGAGGAUUACAAUCUCGUGAAUUAAGAAGGUAUUAUACAAAAAAACCGGAAUGUUUAGGCACUGGGAGUACAUUUUCUAGUGUUGGUUUAUCUGAUAUUGUGGCUGCAUUUCAUAUUCUUCUGAUUGGAAUGGGAUUUGCUGUUUUUGUGGCUUUUAUUGAAUUCUUAAUUAAUAAACGUAUUCACAAAAAUGUUAAUUAA